GUGUGUGUGUGUGUGUAGGUACAUGUAUUGGACAGAUUGGGGAGAGGAGCCGAGGAUUGAGCGCUCUGGGAUGGAUGGAAGCAGCAGGAAGGUGAUUAUAGAGGAGGACAUUUAUUGGCCCAACGGCCUGACCAUCGACCUGGACGAGCAGAAGCUGUACUGGGCCGACGCCAAGCUCAGCUUCAUCCACAGAGCGAACCUGGACGGCACCGCACGAGAGACGGUGGUGGAAGGGACACUCACACAUCCAUUUGCUCUCACACUCUUCGAUGAGACGCUCUACUGGACAGAUUGGCAAACUCGCUCCAUUCACGCCUGCAACAAACACACAGGAAACAACCGCAGAGAAAUCCUCAACAGUAUCUACUCACCUAUGGACAUCCAGGUGCUGGAGCAGAAGAGACAACCUUAUAUCCACACACCCUGCAGUGAUGGUAACGGUGGAUGUUCUCACCUGUGUCUGCUCUCGCCCUCACCUCCGUAUUACAGCUGCUCCUGUCCCACUGGCGUCAAACUCCAAGAGGACAGCAAGACCUGUAGACCAGGAGCGGAGGAGGUUCUGCUGCUGGCCCGUCGGACCGAUCUGCGUCGGAUCUCUCUGGACCUUCCAGAUUUCACUGACGUAGUCCUGCAGGUGGGUGACGUCCGUCAUGCCAUCGCCAUCGACUACGACCCGGUGGAGGGAUACGUGUACUGGACGGACGACGAGGUGCGGGCGAUCCGGCGUUCUCGGCUGGAUGGAAGCGACGCCCACACACUGGUGAGCGCUGAGGUGGAGCAUCCGGACGGCCUCGCCAUCGACUGGAUCGCACGGAACCUGUACUGGACAGACACAGGGACCGACCGCAUCGAGGUGACGCGCCUCAAUGGCUCAGCUAGGAGAAUCCUCAUCUCUGAAGGACUCAGCGAGCCCAGGGCCAUCGUACUCGAUCCGGUCAACGGCUACAUGUACUGGACGGAUUGGGGCCAGAAGCCGAAGAUCGAGCGUGCGAAUCUGGACGGCUCAGAGCGUGUGGUUCUGGUGAACACGUCUCUCGGCUGGCCGAACGGAUUAGCGCUGGAUCGCGCUGCAGGAAAGCUGUACUGGGGGGACGCGAAAACAGACAAGAUCGAGGUUAUAAACGUGGACGGGUCGAACAGAGCCACUCUACUGGAUGAUAAACUGCCGCACAUUUUUGGCUUCACGCUGCUCGGUGACUACAUCUACUGGAGCGACUGGCAGAGGCGGAGCAUCGAGCGUGUUCACACCACCAAGAUCACACGCGAGGUCAUCGUCGAGCAGCUGCCCGACCUCAUGGGCCUCAAAGCCACCAAAGUCAGCGAGGUGUUCGGCACUAACGGCUGCACUGAGUCCAAUGGAGGAUGCAGUCACUUGUGCUUCAAUGGGCCGCGUGGUCUCACGUGCGCGUGUCCGACAGGUCUUGAGCUCCUCAGUGAUCUGCGCACGUGUGUUGUUCCUGAAGCGUUCCUGCUCUUCACCAACCGCGUUGACAUCCGCAGCAUCUCGCUGGGAACCAACAGCAACGACGUGGCCAUCCCACUCAGCGGUGUUAAAGAGGCUUCAGCACUUGACUUUGACUUUGCAGAGAACCGAAUCUUUUGGACUGAUAUUAGCACCAAGACGAUCAGCCGUGCGUUUAUGAACGGCAGUGGUGAAGAGGCAGUGAUCGAGUUUGGCCUGGAUUAUCCUGAGGGAAUGGCUGUGGACUGGAUGGGCAGGAACAUCUACUGGGCCGACACCGGAACCAACCGGAUCGAGGUGGCCCGUCUGGACGGUCAGUACCGCCAAGUUCUAGUGUGCAAAGACCUGGACAACCCUCGCUCACUAGCUCUGGAUCCGGCUAACGGGUAUAUGUACUGGACAGAGUGGGGGGGUCGGACCCGCAUCGCCAGCGCUCACAUGGACGGCACCAACAUCAUCAGUCUGGUGGAUAAAGUGGGUCGAGCCAAUGGUCUGACCAUCGACUACAUGGAUCAGAGACUGUACUGGACCGACCUGGACACAUGCAUGAUCGAGUCCACCGACAUGCAGGGUCUGCAGCGUGAGAUCAUAGCUGAUGAUCUCCCACACCCCUUUGGUCUGACUCAGUACCGAGACUUUAUCUACUGGACCGACUGGAACCUGCGCAGUAUAGAGCGAGCGGAUAAGCGGAGUGGCCAGAACCGCACUGUGGUGCAGGGACAGCUGGAGUACGUCAUGGACAUCCUGGUGUUUCACUCGUCACGACAGGAUGGAGCUAACCUGUGCUCACACAACAACGGGCACUGUGCUCACCUGUGCCUGGCCUCGCCCUCAGGGGCUCAGUGUCGCUGUGCAUCACAUUACACACUGCAGCCCAAUGGACACAACUGCAGCUCUCCCUCCAGUUUCCUGUUGUUCAGUCAGAAGAGUUCUAUCAGUCGGAUGGUUUUGGGAGAGCAGAGUCCGGAUAUGAUUUUGCCGAUCCACGUGUUGAGGAACCUGCGAGCGAUCAGCUUUGACCCACUGAAGCGUUUUAUUUACUGGAUUGACGGAAAGCAGAGCAUCCGCAAGGCCAAAGAUGACGGCUCUCAGGCGAUGACUGUGGUGUCCCCGAGCCCCGUGCAGCCUCUCAAACAGCCUCAUGAUCUAAGUGUGGAUCCGUUCAGCCGCACGGUGUUCUGGACCUGUGAGAACACCAACACCAUCAACGUGCAGCGCUUGGACGGGCAGAUCGUCGGGGAAGUGUUGAGAGAUGACGUUGACAAACCCAGAGCCAUCGUCGUCAACGGAGAAAAAGGCUACAUGUACUUCACUACGCUGCAGGAUCGCUCGGCCAAGAUCGAGGGCGCGUCUUUGGACGGGACGGAGCGCGAGUCUCUGUUCACGACCGGUUUGAUCCGGCCUGUGGCGCUCGCUCUGGAUAACAAACUGGGAAAGCUGUUCUGGGUGGACGCGGAUCUGAAGCGCAUGGAGAGCAGUGACCUGUCCGGAGCCAAUCGGAUUGUCCUCCAGGACUCUAACAUUCUGCAGCCGGUCGGUUUGACCGUUCUGGGUGAUCAUCUGUACUGGAUCGAUAAGCAGCUGCAGAUGAUUGAGCGUGUGGAUAAGCGCACUGGAGACAAGAGGACACGGAUUCAGGGACGGAUUCAGUCUUUGACCGGAAUUCACGCUGUGGAGCUGAUGGAGACGGACGAGUUCUCUUCUCAUCCUUGUUCCCGUGACAACGGAGGAUGCUCACACAUCUGCAUUGCCAAGGGAGAUGGAACUCCACGAUGCUCGUGUCCCGUACACCUUGUACUGCUGCAGAACCUGCUCAGCUGUGGAGACCCGCCCACUUGCUCGGCAGAUCAUUUCACAUGUGCGACGGGCGAGAUCGACUGCAUCCCGAUGACGUGGCGGUGUGACGGCAUUGCCGAAUGCGCUGACCACAGUGAUGAAAUGAACUGCCCCGUGUGCUCAGAUCAACAGUUUCAGUGUCAUGGUGGACAGUGUCUUGAUGCAAAGCUGCGCUGCAACGGAGAACAGGACUGUACCGACGGAUCUGACGAACUCAACUGCCACACCAUCUGCAUGCCAAAUCAGUUCCGCUGUAAAAAUAAUAAAUGCAUCUCGAAGAAGCAGCAGUGUGACUCGUACCCCGACUGCUCAGAUGACUCCGAUGAGCUUUUCUGUGAUUUCUCACCACCCAGCGGUGACGAGCACCACACCAACACCAUCGGGCCAGUGAUCGGAAUCAUCCUGUCGGUGUUCGUGCUGGGCGGCUUAUGCUUUGUGUGUCAGCGUGUGGUGUGUCGCCGCUACAAAGGGCCAAGCGGGGGAUUCCCUCAUGAUUACAUCACUGGGACCGCUCAUGUCCCACUGAACUUCAUCAGCACCAACAACACGCAGCACGCUAACUGUACAGGUAUAUCAUGUGGGAAAUCACUUGUGAGCUCAUUCAGUCUUAUGGGCAGCAGCAGCAGUGGAGCUCCGCUGUACGACAGGAACCAUGUGACCGGAGCUUCAUCCAGCAGCUCCUCCAGCACCAAAGCUGCCUUUUACCCUCAGAUUUUGAAUCCUCCCCCGUCACCAGCCACAGAUCGCUCACUCUACAACACCGAAGUGUUUUAUUCAUCCAACAGCCCGUCCACGACGAGGUCUUACAGGCCCUAUGUGGUACGUGGCGGUGCUCCACCCACCACGCCCUGCAGCACAGAUGUGUGUGACAGCGACUACACGCCAAGCCGGUGGAAGAGCAAUAAGUACUACAUGGAGGUGAACUGGGACUCAGAGCCGUGCCCACCUCCACCCACCCCACGCAGCCACUACAUGUCUGCCGAGGAAAGCUGUCCUCCGUCACCCUCCACCGAGCGCAGCUACUUUCACCUGUGUCCGCCCCCACCCUCACCCUGCACAGACUCAUCCUGACCACACACACACACACACACACACACACACACACACACACUUGAAGCCAUGUGGGCGUGUUUAUUUUCCCUCAAACCAAAAAGACAUUAUUUUUUACAGCGGAGAUGUUGUACAUAUGUAUAAUAACAUAAAUAAUAAUGAUAACAAUAAUAAUAAUAGUAAUAAUAAUAAUGACAUUGUCGUCAUCGUCAUGGAGACGUGACCUGCCGAUUGUUCUCUGUGUGAAUUUUUUUUUUUUUUUUCGAAUUACGAAAUAUAUGUUUGGCUAGUUCUGUUUACCAAAAGUGUGUUUGCUGCUAUUGUACAUAAUCCGAAUAAUGAUGAAAAAACAGCGGUAAAAUCAUAUAUAUAUAUAUAUAUAUGAACACACACA